AUAGUUAACGGGGACUUGGCUAGUCCAGGAGCUUGGCCAUGGCAGGCUCAACUUUUUUAUAACGGGGCGUUUAGGUGUGGUGCUUCCAUUGUUGCUGACCGCUGGCUGCUAACAGCUGCCCAUUGUCUCUUAGAUGCACUUGAAAACGUUCUCUCGGAGGGAAACUUAAUGGUGAAAGUUGGGACCAACCUCUUGGCAGACCCUAACGCCUCCUCUAUAAGCGUACAACGGAUUAUUAACACCCCAGAUUUUGACAACAGGGCUGUUACUUCUGAUCUAGCUCUCCUAAAACUUGAGACCCCCAUAACUUUCAAUGAUUUCGUACAACCUAUCUGUCUACCUGAUUUUGAUUAUCAGUAUGAAGAUAUGGAAGCAUUUGAUGUCUGCGUCGUUACUGGGUUCGGUCGGACUGACUUUUGUUAG